CCUGAGCUGAAACAGAUCCUCUCGAUCUAUGGCUUUGAAUCCAAACUUGAAGAGCUUCAAAACACCGUCAACAAAAUCAAAAAUGUGCUUCUUGAUGCUGAAGCCAAGCAGGAGCUCUCCAAUGUAGUCCAACUAUGGAUUGAGAAUAUCAAGGAUGUUGUCUUUGAAGCCGAUGAUUUGCUCGAUGAGUUUAUCACUCUUGUCGACCAGAAGCAGCAUGUCAAGGCUGAUGGUACAAUAUCCAAGAAGAUGAGGCUCUUCCUUUCUCAUUCAAACCCUUUAGUCCUGGCUUACAAGAUUUCUAAACAGGUCGAGAAGAUAGGGAAGAACUUGAGUUCUUUUGCUGAUAAGAUAGGGAAGAAAUUGUACAAGACUUUCGUGUUCGGGCAUUUCUACCUUGAUAGAGCGAGAAAGAUAAAUGCUUGAAGUUAGUACAGCUUACAAGCUAGCUUAUAGCGCUAGUGCUCUACAAAACUGUUGUAAUACCUUCAUAACAAUGCAAUUGUAAUCAAAGUUGUUAAAAUCCAUAUUCUACUUGAAACUGUUGAGACCUGAAGAUUCGAAUCGGUAGAAUCAAACCGUAACAUCGUUAGAUUCUACGUUAAACUUAAAUUUGCUAUCUAGUCAUAAUUAUUCACCUCAUAAAUUUAUGUUUAUUAAUUGAAGUUUCAUUCACUUCAUGUUUAAGAAUAAAAUAGAAAAAUAUUUAAUAAUUAGUGUAAAUCUUCACACGAUGAAGAAAUUUAUUUUUUAAUAAUUAUGAUGAUGGAUCGUUAAAUUGUAAGAAAAAAUAAUGAAAGAUGAUACAUAAGAAAAAUUUAAAAAAAACUAGGAAUAAAUUUGUAGAAUUGAAUCGUUAAAUCGUAGAAUCGUAGAAAUCGUGUUAGAUUCUACUCUACAAGUGUUAUUUUAAUUAGAAUCGUAAGAUUCUACUAACUUACGAUUCUACCUACGAUUCGAAUCGCUCGCUUAUUUUUGGAUCGUAAAAUCGUAGAAUCGUAGAUCAGAAUCGUGAUUUUAAUAACCAUGGUUGUAAUACAAUUCAAAGCAAAGUUCAGAUAUUGAUCUUUGGCUCCACAGGAAAGCAUGACAACUACUUCGAAAUUAAGAACAAUCAGCUUAGAAUUGAGUUUUGUCUGAGUUGGAGCACAUAUUUUAUCUCUCCUUGGCAAAAUCCCAAGGUUGAAUCUCACCUAGCCACCCUGUUCCCUCAUCCUACAUUUCUACCCUAUAAUCCAAAAAAAGAACAGUUAACUUUCUCCUAUAAGAAAUUUUAAUGGAGUUAAAAAAGAAAAAAAAAUCUUACUUUGAUACUCACUUAAAAAUAUUUCCUGAAGUAAUGUUCAUGUAUGUGUGACAUGUCACCAAACUAUAUUACUCUUGGUUUGGAGUCUUCGAACUUUAUUUUGAACCAAAAAUUAGUAGGCCUAAGUAGAAUUAGAAAAGAGCAGCAUAAAAAAAUAGAAUUAGAAAAGAGAGCAAUACAUUCUCUAGUGUUCAUUAAAAUUUAUUUUUUUAAAAUAGUUGUUAUAUGGGAAUGGAAUUGAACCAAUUUAUCUUAAUUUGAUUUAAGGGCUUCAAACCAAAAAAUGAGACCGAAAAAAUAAUUGGUAAACAUAUUGUAUCACAUGUGUUAGAUAGAAUCAAUUGUGGUAUAAUAAUAUAGAUGUGAAAUCGCAACAAAGAAUUAAAAGUCAAUUUUUUCUUUAGAUAUAUUAACUAAAAAUAUCAUUUAAUUAAAUAGGUUGGGGGAAUUUAAAAAAAAUUAUUUACAAUAGCAUGUGUAAUAUAUAUUUAGAACGACGUUAAACAAUUCACUUAUUUAUCUGCUUUAUUAAAAAAUUAUUAUCCCAAUAAAAAUAAGAAAAAUUUGUUAAAAAUAUCAACUAUAAUUUAUCUACAUAAAUAAUACUCCCUCCUAUUCAGCCUAAAUGUCCCAUUUCCAUUUAGGGUCAAGUCACCCUAAAUGUCCCAUUUCCAUUUUUGGCAUGGAAUUUUUACUCUUAUACCCUUACUUCACUUAACUUAUUUACAUUUAUACCCUUAUUAAACUCAAUUAAUUUACUCUCUUUUUUCCCUAAAGAAUUAAUUAAACAAUCCUAAUCUAAACCUUAUUUAAUCACUCCCUCCCUUUUUUAACCCUAACUUACCCACCCUACGCCUCUUUACCCAAUUCCCUUUACCUUUCUGGUCUUCUUCUUCCUCAAGCCAAUCUCCCAUUGUUCUUCAAACCCUAGAUGUGGGUUUCCUGCUUUCUUCUUCGUGUAUUUGGGUCACUUUUGUUCUCUCCUUCUUCUCUCUACUACCCCUUACGUUCCUCUGUUCAUGGAAAACCCUAAGUCUGCAAGUACCUCAUCUCUGAAUAACCCUAAAACCGCCAUUAACUCAUAUAAGGAAGAUUACUCUUAUGAUGAUGAUUAUGAGUUUUUUGACUCAUAUGAGGACGGUUACUCUUCGGUUGAAAUAGAUCCAAAGUGGGGUAAAGAACUAGACUCUGAAGGUGAACCAGUUUACACUCCUGAGCCUGAUCUUUUUCCGGAUCGUGAGUACUCUUCUGUAGAUGCCGUUUUCUCUAACACUGAUUGUGAGGAAGAAGAUUGGCUUGACAAACUUGGGCCAUUUUCGAUCGAAGACUGCAAAAAAAUCCGCACCCGCAUGAUCUACAAAGAUUUGAACUACACCGAGGCUGUUGAAGAUUUGAGAAGGCUAGACGAGAUUAAGUAAUAGAACUAUGUAAUUUAUUUUCCGUACUAAGUGUAUAUUUUAAUUGUAGGACGUAUGUAUAAUUAACCCGAACUACGUAAUUUCCGGCUAUUAAAAAAAAAAUUCCACUUUCGAAGGUGAAAGAUAUUCACCAUUUUAAUAUUCCAAGAAAUACAUUCAAAUUUAGAGGGAAUCAUUAAUUCCCUAAUCAAGUCAUUAAAAACCCAUAAUAUUACUCUCUCUCCUACCUUAAGGGUUCCACCUUGACUCACAUUAAAAUCCGUAAAAAGUCAAAUGGGACAUUUAGGCUGCAUAGGAGAGAGUCCAUAAAUAAGCAUUUCCUUCCAAAGUCCAAACGUCUGGACUUGAUGCAAACCAAUGGAUUAUAAAAAUAAUUAUAAUGUGGACCGAAAUCCCACAAAAUCUGGAAUACAUGCAGCUGGCAGGUAUUUUAGAUA